GAAACAAGAGGUUACGUAAACAAGAUGCCAUAGUAAACAGGUUCCACUUUCCACUAGAUUAUCCUUUGCCACCUAUCUCAGGCGAUAAAAGUUUAAAUAGGUACAUCAAGUUCCAUAACGAUGAAGUCAGUUUUAAUAACAGGGUGCAAUCGUGGUAUAGGUCUCGGGCUUGUAAAGAACCUGCUCAGUGAUAAUUCUGUGAAACACAUUAUUGCAACAUGUCGGGACCCAAAUCAAGCAACGAACCUUCAAGAAGCUGUCAAAACAACACCAGGCAAAGUUCAUGUUCUACAAUUAGAUCUCAAAGACUUCAACAGCCAUGACAGAAUUGCCAAAGAAGUCUCGUCCAUAGUCGGGGAUGCUGGCUUGAAUGUAUUGAUCAACAAUGCUGGAAUUUCCACAAAAUUCACCCGUGUGAACCUCGUAAAAGCAGAACAGAUGAUUGAGAACCUCACAGUUAACACCGUAGCACCACUUAUGUUGACCAAGGCCCUGAUACCAUUGCUGAAGCAGGCGUCAGCUGCUAACAGCUCUCAGCCACUGGGCUCAGCACGUGCUGCUGUCGUCAACAUCAGCUCCAUACUGGGUUCCAUAGCUGAGAACAACCAGGGUGGCUUCUACCCCUACAGAACCAGCAAGGCUGCUCUCAAUGCAGUGACUCGCUCUUUAAGUUUUGACUUGAAGCCUGACAACAUUCUAGCGGUCAGCAUCCACCCCGGGUGGGUCAAGACAGACAUGGGCGGUCCACAGGCACCCCUCGCACUGGACACUGCCAUCCCAGCACUGGUACAGCUGCUCAAGGAGCUCGGGCCUCAACACAACGGAGGCUUCUAUCAGUACGACGGAAAACAGCUGCCCUGGUAGUGGCAUGGUUUACCUUGUUUAGUGUAAGGAUUGUAAUCGUGGUUGAGUUUUGUUAUUGUUCUUAUUUAUUUUAAGAUUAAGCAAACAAAUCAAAUUUCAAAUUUGUCCGGUCAAAUUUGUGUGUGGUUGAUGCUGAGGGUUGACCGUUUAUGGUUUUUAUUCUCAGACUCGAAUUAAGUGAGAAUAGCGCUCUAAGCUGUAAACAACUUUGGCACCUCUCUCCAGACAUUUUUGGAAUCAAAGUACAUAUUUAAAAACGAGUUUACACGCUAUUUAAAGGUUGAAAGGCUGAUUAAAAUUUAGUUUUUUAAGCAAUCUAAUCAAAACAAUAUUGUUAACAAUAUUUAUGGCUGUUGUUAUUGACACCAACCCCUGAAAGCUUGGAGCUCUGGGCUGUAUGGGGCCCAUACACAAAGGGACCUAAAUAUUGUCAAUAACAUAGAUGGCCAAAAUCGAGUAAGCUCCUUUUAUACUCCAUUCUGUUCACUGUGCAGUACAGAGUGUCCAAUUUAAAAUGGAAAUUUCAGCCACAUUAGCCCUCCUAAAAACAUCAAGACCCACAAAUCGCUCCUUGGGUUUUAAUUUUUCCUAUGCUUCUUAACUAACUACCAUAGGCCUAUACUAAUUUUGACUGAAGCAGAGUCAAAAUCCAAUUCAAUAGUCAAAAUACCAAUCUAUAAAAUAAAUUGAUUAAGACAAUAAGUAAAAUUUUCUUUACCCGUUCUCGAGUGUCAAGAGUACCGUUUUCUGAACCUGCAUAGCCAAAACAAAGUUUCCAGUAUUAUUUAUAGUACGACUAUUUCCCCAUAUUGUACUGCACGGUGAACGAGGCAUGGAAAGAUAAUGAUGGAACUAACCAUGUGUUAUUAUUUAGUUUGUUAUGAACGUCUAUCAAAAUCACAUUUAGUAAAAUAUUUGCAAUCCGAGAAAGUGGGAUUUUGUUUCUUCAUCUUUUUUUGGACAAUAUCUAACAUUGGCUUAAGAUACAGUACUGUAAAAUUCACCACGUGGUAGUUUCUACAUCUAUUUAAUGUGGUGCUUUAUUUUUGAUUUAUCACAAAAUUAUCGAUUCAUUUCUGAAACACAGCCUUGUUUUUGUAACAGAAAGAAUAAAGUUAACACAUACGAAAAUGAUAUAAACAUAAUGGUCGUAGAUGUUGCUUUUGGUAGUACUGUAUUAGAUUUACUAUUAGUCGAUUUAGACUUUUGUUUGGUUCUUAUUACGAAGAAAGCAUUUACCAAAGAUGCAUUUAAGAAGUUAGACCAUAUUGCUACAGGGAUUUUAUCAACGCACAAUAAUCUUAUACUAAAAGGCUUUGUCGAGGGUAAAACACGAUGAUGAAUAGUUUAGUUUACACUGUAUGUAUAAUGGUUUGUCAGUAAUAGUAAUAAGUUUAGCUAAUUUCUUCAAUGUCAAAUUUUUGCCAGAUGUUCUCGAGCUAUACAGAGCCAGAAAGAUUUGAGACAUUAUAGCUUGAUUAAAUAUGUAAAAACCUGGAAAUUGAUCUGCAUUGUCUUCAGGGUUUCAACACAAAAUAUUAAGAUUUUAUUUAGGUUAAAGUUGUGUCGUGCUUGUUAUAUGUUAAUAUAUUAUUUUUGUGUUAAUAUUUGUCACAGUAGGCCUUGCACAAGUUUAAUAAGACCAAAAAUAUGCACAAAGUAACCUGAAUUAAUAGGGUUUUGACU